CCCUAUUUUAUCACCUCCAUUCACAUGCUUUUCUCUACCAUGGAAGAAGAACGCAUCACCAUGAUCAGUGUAGAGAGUUCAGAUUACGAUCAGUACGGCCACCCCUCAUCAUCUUCCACCACCACCGCCACCACUACUACUUCCACCUCCUCCUCCUCCUCGUUUUCGUCGAGUUUCGAUGGCUUGAACUCAUGUUUCAAUCCAGUUGCAAAGGAUCAGAAAGAGUGCAAGGCUGGAAAAGGGUUAAAGAGAGCCAAAGAGGCCAAAAAUGGGAAUGAGAAUGGGAAGAUGAGGAAGAAGAAUGAAGAAAAUGAAGAUGGUGGCAAGCACCCAACCUAUAGGGGAGUGAGGAUGAGGAAUUGGGGCAAAUGGGUAUCUGAAAUUCGUGAGCCCAGGAAGAAAUCCAGAAUAUGGCUUGGCACAUACCAGACCGCAGAAAUGGCGGCUCGAGCCCACGACGUGGCAGCUCUGGCCAUCAAAGGUAAGUCGGCUUUCCUGAACUUUCCAGAACUGGCCAAUGAACUCCCCCGCCCCGCCACCACCUGCCCCAAGGACAUCCAGGCGGCCGCUGCCAAGGCCGCUGCCGUGUUGUUCCCCGGCGAAGCUGAUCUAGCCGAGCCGAGCCGCGCCAUGGUUCCCAGUUGUCAGUCCUCUUCCACUUUGUCGUCGGAUAACACACAAGAAUCAGUUUCAAAUGGCGAGGAUGACACCUUUUUUGACCUGCCUGAUCUCUCCCUCGAUGGCUCGGCUCGAACCGAUCAGUACUGUUACUAUGCUUCGUCGUGGCAGCUGGCUGCAGCCGAUACAGUUUUCCGGCUCGACGAGCCGUUUCUAUGGGAUUGCUAAUUCUGAUCAAACUGAUUGCAUAGUACAGUCACAAGAAUUCGACAUUAAAUUUUAGUAUAUAUUUAGAAAGCCAAAUGUGAAAGUGAUGGUGUUUAUACAAAUUUCAGUUUGGUUUAAUUUCUUUUUUGUUCAGUUUUGAUCUGCACUUGGGAACUGUAUGGUUGUUAUUCAAGUUUCUCGCCUACACGAACGCAUCCAUAUAUACCCAAGUUGAAGUUAAAAAAGGAUUGAUGAAGUAUCAAUAUAGCUCAU